AUGGACGCCUCCGGCCCCAAGGCGAUUCUCACAUCCGACAAUUUUCAUCAUGCACAAGAACUUUCACGAGCGACCUCGCCCGGCGGGGAGCCCGCCGUGAAUGGCGAGGGUGAGCCCAUAGCCCGUGUUCGACCUCGCACCUAUCCAUACUUCAAAUAUCUUCCAUACGAACCCGAAGAUGAAACCGAACGGAAUCAGAACUUGCGAGAGAUCUUGAAUCAGCUUUAUAUUGCAGUGGAAGCUGGUGACUUCAACCCUGGCGCAGUGCAUUGGACACGCGAGCUUCGCGGCUGGCUGUCGCUGAAGUUCGAUCCAACCCGGGCGGAGCGUAUAAGCCUAGUAAAACUUUACUAUGAGCUGGCACUUGCCCCUGGGAUUGACCCCCAGGUCGCCGAGCGGUUCUCGAGCAUGUUCAUGCUUCUCACAAAGCGCAAGCAUUAUCUCAGACCCAUCACAGAUCUGGUAUUAGAUUGGAAGCCACUAUACAAGGAGCUUAAAGCCUUCGUCCUCCCCACCGAGUCCGGCCUCGUGCAUUCGACCAACCUGAAAAGAAAUGUCAAGACCUUGACAAAACUCUGCGCAUUUGCGCAAUUGUUUGUUGACCCGUGUGAACUCCCCGCUAUGCUCGAGGAAUUCCUACCGCACUAUACUACAUCAUUCUCAGAGGGCGCAUUUGUUGUCGCAGGACUCAUUAAUUUGUUGCUUCCGACAUCCCCGCCUCCCGAAUCACGGGCAGAUCUCCUGCCCCAGACCCAUCUUCCUACGCAGUUUCAUUUGUGGUCCUUGGUUGGCCGCUCCAAGACUUUUGACACCACCUAUUUAGAUUAUUUGUCGCGGCUUGCGCGAGACUCUCUUCCAGCUGGUCACAUACCAUUCUCUGAAUAUGGUAUCUUCACGAGGGAGCAAUCUGCUCUGGUCUUUACUGCGAUUCUGAGACUGUUGGAGAUUCCCGUUGGUCAAUCCACUUCGCCUUACAGUGCCCUUGUGGAUAUCUCUUCCGGUCUUGGCAUCAUGCUUGAUCGUGAUGGGAGAAAACAUCCCGUUGCCCACCACAUUGCUCGCUGGAUAGUCAUGUCAUUCUCCCCUGCAUGUGUGGACGCCGAGACUUCGGUUCUUACACAACUAGAGGGCCUGAUCCAGGCCGUAGAAACAUUCUUCCACCCCUCCAACUCCGGUGGCUGGACUAAGACUCUGUCACAGCUGGUCUAUUAUAUGACCGACUUCUUCGUUAUGCGCUGGAACCGCGAGCAAAGCGGAGAGUUAGACAUUCCCCCCGAGCGACGAUUGAACGAUGCACUGAAGCGACGCUUCGUGCUAUGCAUCCGGGAUGUGAUUUUCAUGGGCAUCUAUGCCAAGAGCAGCAGUGCAAUGACUUUCUCACUCUCAACUCUGCAAGGGCUGGCUUAUUUGGAACCUAAUCUCAUUCUGCCCGGUGCUCUGCAAAGAAUCUAUCCUGCAUUGCAGGGUCUGGUUGAAGUGCAUCGAACCACUUCCUCUCUCCGGGCUAUGCAGGUUCUAUCUCGUAUCAUUGCACGCACUAGGGGAUACCGUUGCCAUAUGACUACUCUCAUGGGUCUUGCACUUCCUGGUAUUGAUGCUAAUGAUCUGGAAAAGUCACUUCACGCACUCUCUUUCAUCCAAUCUGCCUGUUACAAUAUUCCUAUGCAUGACCUUACCCAAGGACAGGAGGAUGUCAACUGCAAUAUGCUUGCAAUGCAAUGGAUCUCUGGCGAGAUGGAAAGGAUGGAGGAGCAAGGCGCAGACUUGCAGAUGGACUAUGAUACAGAGCUGGAUGACAACACCGAAGAAAUGACCCUGCGCUCUUCCACAUGCGGUUUCGGAGAUUUCACAAUCUCAUUCCUGGGGCGUGUCUUUACACUUCUAGAGAAUCUGCCGGACGUCUCUAGGGUUCGCAAUGGAUCGCCUGAAGAGAACAUUGUGAACACGCUGCCUGCGACUUUCAUGCCACUACUCGCGUCUUUGUCGCCAGAGUAUUACGAGAUCGCCCUCACAAAAAUUGUGGAUUUCGUUUCCAACCACGUCAUUCAUCAAGCACGGGAUGCAAUGGCUUUCAUUUGCAACGCGCUCUGCAAGGUCAACCCAGAAAUGGCUCUCAAGCGUUUCAUCCCAGUCUUAACCUCGGCAAUCCGCACCGAGAUUGAGGAGAAUGGUGCUGGAUCAACCCGAACCACAGGAACUGAUGUCCUUCCCCGUGAUCGUGGCUUGGUCUGGAAUGUCAGCAUGCUCAGCAUGUGCGUUGUUCACGUCGGAAGCGCUGUCAUCAACCACCGUAAAGAGUUGUUUGACAUUGCCGUUUACAUGCAACAGAACUGCCGGGGAAUUCCUACUGUACACAUUUCCAACUUCAUCCACCACCUUUUGCUCAACUUGACUGGAACAUACACGAACGAUUUCUCCCUGUACGAACCAUCUGUUGUUGCAAACGGCAUUGGACCCGAGCAUUGGAGCUACCAGGCCGAUGUGAAUGAUCUUCAUAUCAAAUGGCAUGUGUCAACGCGCGAGGAGGUCGAAUUUGCGGUCGAUGUCUUCAAGAGCCAGACGGAAUCGGCCUUGAAGCAGCUUUCAGCAUUGACCCACGAGACAUCGAGUGUCAAACGGGACGGAAGUGGCAAGGACUGGUCCGAUGAGGUGACUCGUAACCUUGUCCUCUUGCGACUCGUACUGUCUGGAAUCUCUAUUCUUUUCGACCCCAAAGCAGCAUCCACCACCACAAAAAGCUCGCCGAACGGCGAUGUCGACAUGGCGGAUGGCACGGGCGUCUCCAAUUCCACCGAUGCAGACGCCGAUGUCGCUCUGGACAGCUCAGACGACGCAAUAAUCCGACAGGCAUUUACUUAUCCGACAGGCUACGCUCUCAAGGAGGGAGAUCCUUUGUACAACACCAUACACGAACUUCGUGAGCGGACUGGAUGGGUCUUGCAUGAAGUGCACCGUUUCCUGAGCGAUAAACAAGAGGAUGAUGUUCCUUGCUUUGGCGCUCUGUACUCUGCCUUCAGAUCCUGGUUUGUUGACGUUGGUAUUGAGAGGUCUGCCCACGUCCUCGACCGGGUGACAAGACUGCUGGCAGCAGAUAUUCAUCCUUACAAGAUGAGUGGCCUGCGAAAGCACUAUCCCAGACCUUUGCUUGUCCGGAGAGCCAACGUGUAUCACCUUCAACGCCUCCGACACAAUGCUGCUCCACGCCCGCGUUCCAAGCUCGAUGAAAUUCUCCUUCUUGAUAUUGCUGAAUCAUGUGUCUCCCUGUACACAGAGACUCGUCGCAAUGCUCAAAAUGCAGGGGAGUCAGCACUCAAGGUAGUCUAUGGUGGAAGACUCCUUGUGAUUCCUCCUCUCCUAACUGCCUUGCAGAAGGGUGUCAAGGAAAAUGACCAUGCACGCAUCAAGGGCGCAUUGUUUUCCUUGCUCCUUAGCAGCGUUGCUAAAACUGUUGGGCGUCAUUGGAAGUACGCUCCUACACUCGUCAGAGCCUUCAUCGAUGCCAGCGCCGUUGACAAGCCUUCUGUACAAAAGAUUUGCUCGACUGGAGUAUUCCAGGUUAUGGAGUACGGUCGCGCCAUGGAGCGAAUGGCUAUCUUAGACAAAGAUAUUAUAGAGGCCAUCGCUCCGACCACCAAUGUCAUCGAGGAAAUUGAAAAGAAGCGUGCUGUUGUGAACAGCAAGCGUGUUGCUAUUGAGAAAAAGAAGGCCGAUCUGGCAGAAGAGCUUGUCAACCUUGCACGAGUAUCCCACUGGAAGAUUGCUAGUCGCGCUGCGACCAUUGUGAUCACCAUGGGUCUACGCUUCGACUAUAUUGCCAGCGAUAACCUCAUCGAACUGAUGACACUCGGCUCUAUUGACGACCAUCCUGGUUUGCGAGGCAUGUACUCCCAGGCUCUCAUUGCACUAUUCACCAUGAUUGAUGUGCGAGCCAUUUGCACUCAUGAUUACAAGAACUACAUCCUCGGCCACCAACGUUUCCCGUCGAAAAUCAAGGUCGCUACCAAGCCUGAUGAGAAGGGAUGGACUGAAGAAUAUCUGUCUAGCUUUGCAAAGCCUGAAGCAGAGUAUUACGUUGACCACGAUUUCCCUGGGUGGCUCGUAUGGGGCAAGACCAUGCCGGCUUACAAGUCUAACGUUGCUCGGGACAUUGAGUACGAUGAGGUCGAGUGGAAGGUUCGCACCAAGAUGGGCAAGUUGUUCACUCGUGAAUGGUUCUCCAAGUUCUUCAUGUACUUGAAGCAGGAGCCACGAGACCCCUCUGCCGACAAGUUCCGCAUGUCUUGUGCUAUGAUGCUUCUCUAUGCAUUUGAGCUGAUGAUUCGGGAUGAGUUGACGGCUGUUUCGUUUGAGGAUAUCCAGGAAGAGAUUAAGGGUGUCUUUGAGGAUGGCAGCGACAAGCACCAGCACCGUGCCACUGCUGAGAUCCUCGGGGCUUUGAUCUCUUCGGUGGCGGAUGUGGGCGUUGAGAAACGAACCAAGAUCUGGGAAUAUUCUUUCCCUAUUGUACGCAAAAUCUUCACUGAUGGUCUCACUCCAGAGAACUCUGGAUACUGGACAACAUUCCUUCACAUGAUUUUACAAUGCCGUGAUCCUCGCCGCUCUUGGCCCUUGGUUGAUUGGUUGUCUAGCUUCCGUCUUGACAUGUCGACCAACGCCGCCUUCAAGGAAAGUUCCAAGAUCAACCUCUUGCAUCAGUGCAUCAUUGAUUCCGGUUGGCAUUACCAGCUUGACAAGCCCAUCGUGGAAGACUUCCUCGCCCAUCUGGAUCACCCUUACAAGGGUGUUCGUGAGGCGAUGGGCCAAACGCUCGCGACAAUCUACCGCACUAGAUACCAUGAGUCAUACCCUGAUGUUAAGCAUCUCCUGGAGGCCCAGAAAUCCUCUUCCUCUGUUGGUGACUACCCUUAUGCGCCCAGCGAUGACUUCUCCAAGAUGAUCCGUGGGGUGUUCAGCCAGAUUGAAGAAUGGCGCAAGGCCAGAGUCCCUGGUCAACAGACCCCCUCUUCAUACACAUCAGGCAGCAAGACGGUCCUGCUUUGGUUGGAUUCGACACUCUCAUCGCAUGAGUGUACCCAACUUGUCCCAUUCUUCCCCGAUGUGUUCACCGCACAGCUCCUGCACAUGAUGGAUGUGAAGGAAGACCCAGAGCUUCAGUCUCUUGCGUAUCACGUCUUCCGUCAUCUUCCCAACAUCCCUUACCCUGCCGAGAAGAACUCUGAAUUUAUUCAAUCUCUCAUCCGCAUCGGACAAACAUCUCCAUCAUGGCACCAGCGUCUGCGCGUGAUGAUCAACAUCCAAAUCAUCUACUUCCGCCGUCUCUUCCUGCUUGACCAGGGAGACCGUGACAAGCUCUUCGAGUGCAUCGCUUCCAUGCUGGAAGAUCCUCAACACGAAGUUCGUGCCGGUGCCUCAGCCACCCUUUCAGGCAUGAUCCGAUGCUCCCCCGUCUUCCUGCGUGAUAAGAUGGUCAGCCGUUUCCAGGACCGCUUCACCAAGGCCUUGGCAGACAACCCUCUUCCCAAGAAGCCAAAGAACUUCCGCUCUGGCAUCUCCUCCGCUGUUUCGUCUAAUUCCGGAACUCCCACGCCCGAGCACAACCGUCUCAUCAUCGUUCGCCACGGUGCCGUCCUCGGCCUGGGUGCUUUGAUCCAGGCUUUCCCUUACAACAGCCCCCCGCCUCGCUGGAUGCCCGAGGCUCUGACUUCCCUCAGUAUCCGCGCUGCCAGUGACCCUGGCAUUGUGGGUUCCAGUGUCAAAUCAAUUAUCAGUGAAUUCAAGAAGACCAGACAAGAUACUUGGCAUAUCGAUGCAAAGGCUUUCACUUCGGACCAACUAGAAGAUUUGUCGGGUGUCUUAUGGAAGAGCUACUUUGCUUGA